UGAAGGGUGCCCCUCACGGCUAAUAUUUUUGUUGUGUUAAGGAAGAUAUUACUUGUAAUUUAAUAGUAAAAUUAUAAAUCUUUGAAAUAAAAAACAAGUUUAACUAAAAAUAUGUCUUUACCGCCAGCUCUUUUAAAAAAAUUAGCUAACCGCGGUCUUGUAUCAGUCAAUAAUAAAGGUUCAGAAGACCAAAAGGCUAAAUCUAUACACCAAAAUGAAGAAAUUAUUGCUGAAGACUAUGAUGAAGUGGAGGAUCCAUCUCAAUAUGACUAUGAACCAGCAAAAAAACCAGAAGAAAAUUUUUGGAAAGAACGGAUGAAACGUCGUAUAGCGGAAGGCAACAACACAGGAUACAAAGGAUGUCCAAACAAGUACAACAUAUACCACAAAUGCACUUUAUACUGCGUUACUAGAUGGAUGGAUGGUAUAGUCGAUCCAGAUAGAGAAUAUUUAAAGAGAAAGGAUCGAUUGUUAAAAAAAUAUCCAUUACCCAAGCAUUGGGUCGAAGUGUACGAGUUUGGUUUAGGAAUUCAUUAUUACUGGAACAAAAACGAUGAUAUAGUGUCUUGGCUUCCUCCAAAUCACCCAAAAGCAAUAUUAUCAAAAAGUGCUGCUUCUUUAAGAAAAGAACUUGAAGAAAUUCAACCUCAAAACAUUGAAGAAGUUGAAAGUGAAUUCAAAGAAUUAACCGAUGAAGAUAUUGAAAGAAUUUUAAAUUCCCCUAUGCCUCCAAUUCCAAAGGUAAGAGUAAAAAAAAAAGUGUUCCGCGCAGAAUCACCGAGUCGAUAUGAAAGACAUCAUCAAUCAUCACCGGUACCAUUAAAAAAACCCAAAUCUCGUGAUUUAGAUAAAACUUUGAGACAAAAAGCACAAAGAUUUAGAGGUUCGCAACGCGAUGACUAUCGCACUUCAAGACGAGAUGAUUUUCGGGAUCGGGAAAGAUCUGAACGCGUUGAAAGAAGAGAAAAUGAAAAGAGUAGAAAUUCUAACGACAACCCUUUAGAUCCCAUGGAUCCUGCAGCUUAUUCUGAUAUUCCGAGAGGUAAAUGGUCCGAUGGACUGGCAAAUGAAGGUGGUUCACAAAAAUCUGGAGCUGCCGAUCCUACAGUUUCCGGUACUGCAUAUCAGCAAAGACCUUAUCCUAGCCCAGGAGCUGUACUACAGGCAAAUUCUACAUCAGAUAGAAAAAGAAAAGAAAAUGAUGGAAUUAAUUCUGCACUUGACAUCAAAAAUAAAGAAGAAGAUUAUGUAGAGGAAUACUAUUAGAAUUAGUAUUUAAUCUAUAGUAGAUAAUGUUAAAAAUAUAUAUUCUAAAUACGUAUAGCAUAUUAUGUUGAAAGAAAAAAUAAACCUGAUCAUAAGUA